CUCACGAAGUAUCUAUUGUUCUGCAAAAUGUAGAAGGAGGUUCAUAGGGAUUGCGCGGUUAGUGCGGCCUUUAACCUUGUUGCUGCAUCCAGGAGCCUGUUCAGGUUAACCAGGUUCAGGGGUCAGGAAGAUGGCGGCGUUCAUCUCCUUGGUCAGAGCCUGUGCUCAAAGCGGAUUUUUGGCUUUUCCACAGUCAGCAGUUAUUGUUGUGAGAUGUGCAUCCAAAAAGGCAGGUGGCAGUUCCAAAAAUUUGGGUGGGAAGAGCCCAGGUCGGCGAUAUGGAUGGAAGAAAGGCGAUGGGAAUUUUGUUCGUAUUGGAAACAUUCUGGCAACGCAGCGCCUGAUUCGCUGGCACCCAGGAGCCAAUGUAGCAAUUGGUCGGAAUAACACUCUCGUCGCUCUUGAAGAUGGUAUUGUCCGUUAUACUAAGGAGAUCUAUGUACCACCACCCCGCAGCUUAGAGAGCAUGAAAGUGAUCUCUCGUCUUCCAAAGGGGGCACUCCUUUACAAGACAUUUAUCAAUGUGGUCCCAAACAAACAGGAAGGUUGUUUUAAACUGGUGGAAAUGCUUUGAUCUUGUGGAGCGAUUUUUCUGUGCAUAACACAUUAACGGAUGGGGCAAGUGAAUGACAAUGGAUCUAUUCUGUUAAGCUCCAAACAGCAGCUUCAUUUGAAUUCUAUGAAUUUCAUGAUAGACCCAAGGCACCCCCCCCCCUGAAUUGACACUGGCUCCAUCUGGUAAUAUUGAAUGAUUAACCUUGAUGUUGUAACAUUUAGUUUCUUGAUACUGCUGGCAUUCUUUGCAAGCUGGUACAGGGCAGUGGGCAUUGUAUUUUUUGUUUUCGUUAUAAGAGUUCUAUUCAUGUCCUGAACCAUUUUUGUGUGAUACUCUUAUAAUUUGAGUUGAAUUGGUUUCUGUUUGUGUUAUCUGAAAAGCCAUUGGAGAAUAUACCAGCACACACUGUCUGAACAUUAGUAGAGAUGUUAUCAGCUUGUCUGCAAAAUACAUAUUGUUUUGCUAGUUUUCUUCAGAUUUAGUAAAGUAAUAACUUGGCUAGGGUACAGAACCACUAGUAGUUGAUAUCCGAGAGUGUAGCUCUAAGAUAAUCACUCUUCAUUUGUGAACCUGCCAAUGAGGAUGUAAUGAAUCUUACCAUUCAAACUAUCAUGCUUAUGCUGGGCCUUUGAAAGAGUGUUACAAUUAGUUGUACUCUCUGCUCUUCCCCCAUAUUCUUGCAAAUGAUCCUGUUAUUUAAUCAAUCAGUGGGUUAUUUGACCUUGCUAAGAGCAGAUACACAAACCACCCCUCACUUAACAUAAAUGAGCUCACCUUUUGGCCUGGUGGCGUCAAAGUUUAUCUUGGUCAGAAUUUCCACUCCAAUUUAACUUGGCACCUUCUGUUCUUCACAUAAAUAUUUCUUGUUCUCCAAAUAUAGGUGUUAUAGUCUUUACUCAAAGAGUGAAAUUGUAUUUUAUUCUAUUCUUUUGCCUGAUCUUUUCACCUGAAGGCAGAUUCAUGUUGAAUUGCAGACAUGUUAACAAGUUUUGUGUGCCUCAUUACAAUGUUCUUCACCAGUGAACCCAGCCUAGGUCUAGUAAGCUCUUCAAUCUUGGAUAGAGUUCAGUAUCUCUCUCUCUCUCUCCCCACUCUUGUAACUGUUUCCAUAAGUAGUCAGUCUCCACAGUAAAAGCUGCAUCUUGAUGAAAGCAGCGAAGGUAGUCAUAUCAGAGUCGAAUAACUCUUGUGUGGGGAAAAUUGCAUCAGCUACCCGCCACAAGCUUCUGUUUUUUUUUCCAAAAGGCAUUCAAGACCAUUGCAGACAAACCAUAUGUUUGGUCUGAAACUUGAGAGUUGGACGUUUGUAAUUCAUAGUUCACACAACAUUUUGUACUAGUUUUUUUUCUAUGUGUAAAUUGUUGUAAAACAAGAAUGUCUGUGAUCCUCCUCAUGUAGUCAAUGUACACUGCAUUUUGACUCUUUGCUCUUGUGCAAUCCCUUGGUGGUUGGUGCCAUGCUCUGACCUGUACUCCUUCAGAGUAUUGUUACUCCCAGCAGUCUCCUAUGCUGAGUUUUGAUUUGAGAAAGGCAUAUAUUCUCAGGCGACUGUGUGUGGAGUUUGCACAUUCUCCCAUGUCUGUGUGGGUUUCCUCCGGGUGCUCCGGUUCCCUCCCACAAUCCAAAAAUGUGCAGGUUAGGUGAAGUUAGAAAUAAUUAAAAACAAAAAAGGCUGGAAAUCAUUGUGGAGGAUGGAAAUGCAUUGGAAUAAUCAAGCUUAGAGGUGACAAAGUUGGAUAAGGGUUUCAAUGGUAGAGGGGCUGCGAUGUUGAAUAAGUAGAAGUGGGCCUUAGGUGAUAGGAGGUUUAGAAUUCAUUUGAGUAUCAAAUAGAAUGCCAAGGAUCAACACAGGUUGUUUCAGUUUGAGUAAGACUGUAAUCAGUGCUUGAAGAAGCAUUAUAUUAAUAA